AACACCUUACUGAGUUCAAGCCUCAAACUUCGUGGUAGCCCAGUGCUAGAAAGGUGCACUGGCCAGAAAUCACCCUCACAACAACAACUACUCUCUCCAUGUCUCCAUUAAUGGCUUCCCCAGUUCACCAGCUUCAUUUCCUUCUUGUUCCUCUCAUGUCCCAAAGCCAUCUCAUACCCUUCAUGGACAUGGCCAAACUUCUAGCCAACCGUGGCAUAAUCGUUACGAUUGUCCUCACUCCCCUCAACGCCCUCCGAUUCAACAAAAUUCUCCCUCAUUCCAAAGCCUCAGACCUUCAAAUCCAAUUCCUUUCAAUGCCUUUUCCUUGCCAAGAAUUCGGUCUUCCCGAAGGAUGUGAAAACUUGGACACCCUCCCUUCUCUGGAUUUAUCGGCAAAAUUUUUCGAAGCAACCAGUGCGCUACAAGACCCACUUGAGAAAUGGCUUGAGGAAGAAUCACAACCAAGGCCUAACUGUCUCAUUGCUGAUUAUUGUCUUCCUUGGACAGUAAGUGUUGCCGACAAGUUCAACAUUCCAAGGGUUAUCUUCCAUACCAUCUCUUGCUUCACUCUCGUAUGCUCUGAUAAACUUGCUCAUUCCGAUACCGUUGACAAUGUCAUGUCGGAUACAGAGCCGUUUCUGGUGCCUAACAUCCCACAUAGAAUCGAAUUCACCUUGGCUCAACUACCUGGAGCGCCGAGCAGAAAAAAGAGCAGCAAUCCGUCUUUUAAAGAGGCCGAGAAAACUGCACAGGGCGUUUUGGUGAAUAGCUUCCAAGAGUUAGAGACAGAGUAUGUCAGGGAGUAUCAGAAAAUCGUUAAAAAAGUCUGGUGCAUCGGUCCGGUUUCCUUGUCUAAACAAGGAAUUUUACCAGAUAAUAUAUCUGGUAACGAAAAUACGGAUGAUGGGAAGGAUUACUGCUUGAAGUGGCUGGAUUCGAAGAAACCCAAAUCUGUAAUUUAUGCAUGUUUUGGCAGUCUCUGCAGCAUGUUGGCUUCCCAAUUGAAAGAGCUAGCUUUGGGAUUGGAAUCAUCUAACCGUCCAUUCAUUUGGGUGAUUAGGAAAGGAGAUUACUCGACAGAGCUAAAGGAAUGGCUGGUCGAAGAGAACUUCGAAGAGAGAGUCAGAGGAAGAGGUCUGAUUGUACGAGGUUGGGCACCGCAGGUACCGAUAUUGUCUCAUCCUUCAACCGGUGGAUUCUUAACGCACUGCGGAUGGAAUUCAACGUUGGAAGGAGUAAGUGCUGGUUUGCCCAUGAUAACUUGGCCUAUGUUUGCUGAGCAAUUCGUGAAUGAGAAGCUAAUUGUGGAAAUUUUGAAGACUGGUGUUGGGGUUGGAGUAGAGAAAAUAAGUACGCACCUUCAGAAGGAAGACAAAUUGGUUACAAGGGAGGAUAUAACGAGAGCCAUUGAUAAGCUGAUGGAUGAAGGAGAAGAAGGGGAAGAGAGAAGGAAACGAGCUUGGAAGGUAGGUGAGAUGGCCAAGAGUGCGGUUGAAGAAGGAGGUUCGUCUUACCUGAAUAUGACGUUGUUUAUACAACAUGUAAUUGAGCAAGUGAUGAGUCAGUUGUCAUCAGCUGCUGAUAUAAUUGUUAGCAGAGAAGCCAUGGAUUCCAUGCAUUUCGAUAUCAUGCCUGCUUUGAAUGUAGUUAGUAAUUAGAAAGUAUGUUAGUAUUGUAUUUGUCAUAUUAAUCAAUAAUAAUUAAAUUAAACACUACCUCUGUAACCAGUGAGUAGUGAAUAAUCGCUAUUA